GUUUAUUAUAGUUCAUUUUUUCCAUACUUAGAGUUUAAUCGGAGCCGUUGGAUCUUUCCACUUAUUUCUAUUUCGUCUAUUGUCAGCACUGCGCUGUCAGCUGAGUGAAUUUAUGUUUUGUUUGGUUUUGUUGGUAGUAAACUGUGCGAACCGGUGAAGGAUUGUUUGGAUACUGUGUUCACUGUGUUCGUGUGUUGGGUAACGUUAUUGUUGACCAUCAAGAAGAUCCAUGUAAAUUGCGCACAGUGUAGAUUGUCAACUAGUUAUUAAGUCUUGUCUGGCGUUAAACAUUUGCAAGUGUGUACGAAAUAUUGACAUUAACGGAAAAGCACUGUUGAAAUGGAGGAAACUCUGUGGUACAUGCAGAGAGAUAUCCUGGAAAUUAUAUUCAGUCAUUUGGACGGAGUCUCUCUCAGUAGAGCACAACAAGUUUGUGCAACAUGGAAUGAAGUUCUGCGUGAUAUGUACGAAAGGACCAGUAUUUGGCAGAAAUGCUGUGAAAAAGAAAUACCAAAUGAGGUUCUUGAAGAAAUCACAAGUAAUUUAUACCCAGGAUGGUCCCACUGUGGUACAGAGACUAACUGGCAUUGUGUUUAUAAAGCAUGGCGCAGGUGGAUGAGGAAGAGAAAGACACCUUGCACUGUAAGAUCUGUUUUCUCAUCCGAGGAGAGACUUGAGUGGGUCACGAGUGUGAAGGCCUCAGGUUCUUGUAUUGUAACUGGGCAUAAGGAUGGCAGCAUCAAAUUUUGGAGUCGAUUCAGUGGCUUUUUGGGAGGAGUAUUCCAUCAUGCACGUGCUGUUACAGAUUUGGGACUUAUGAUAUAUAAUCCAAAAGGUAACUUGUUCAUCCAGAAUACAAAAUGGGAUGUGAGACACAACCUGUUAAUUUCUACCUCUAAGGACCGUAGUAUCAAAAUUAUUAACUUGGAGACUGGAUUUACAAGCUGGUCACUGACAUGUCAUCUAAUGCAGACCUGUAUGGUGAGAUCUUACAAGGAAAUGUUUGCAGUACUGUCAUUGGAUGACAUUGUUUCAUUGUGGAAAAUUUGCUCUUUAGAGUUUGACAAGGAGCCACCAUUGUUGAUAGCAACAGUUGCAUUCCAACAGCUGCCAGUGUGUGCCAUCAGUAUCUGGAGGUAUAAGUUUUCAGGACUCAGUGUCGAUGCAAGACGUUUCUGGAGGGACAAAAUAUGUCCAGGUGAUUUGGCAGUACUAGAUGAAGAUUUUGUGCACUUUGAAGGUGUAACUGAGUGCCAGAUGCUCGAAGCACAUGCAUGGAGAGACAAUAUAUACACAUGCAUAACAAGCGGACACACAAUAUGCGUUGCUGUAGACAACAAGGCUGUCCAGUAUAAUACAAUGCAAGAUCUGCGUUCUUAUCCUGUGACAAUAUUACUGUAUGGAAACAUACUUUUCCUUGGAAUGGAAUCAGGGGAUGUAAUUCUUUAUUUCUUUAAGGAUCCAGAAGAUCUGUUGAAUUUGGAUUUAAAAAACCACCACAGACGCUUUUCAUUCCAGCAUAGUCCUGUUUCAGCUCUUGACGUAGUUGAGUACGACACCUGCACUGCAAUAGUAGUAGGAACUUUGAAAAAUGUUUAUUGUGUUAAUCUUGUGUAUUAAGUAAGCACAGUACCUGUAAGCUCAAAGGGACUAUCAGUUAAGAUGUUCUGUAAUUAUUUUCUCUGUCUGUGAGAAGAUUCAGUGUUCCCUUAAAUUUAUUAGUCAAGAUUAUUUAUUCCAGAAGAAUGUUUUUGUUCUUAA